UCUAAAAUCUUACCUGGGGUAACGGAAGUCAGACGAAAUGGAUACAGUCAUCCAUCCAUGCAGAUUCACCUCAAAUGUGUGGAAAAAGUAAACGGUUACAGGGCUUCCAUUAGGAUUCAAUUUCAUGGAGUCGGGACUGCCUAACAUUCAGAUUUUGGAGUCCCUCUUAAAUUUUCUUGGAGUCCUACGUAGUAUCACUUUGUACAAUGACCUUCAAUAUCAUCAUCAUCAUCAUCAUUACUAUCAUCAUCAUAUCUAAUUGGUUCAGAACAGUGUAUAAAGUAAUAGAAUAAAAGGACCACUGAAUGAUUAGAAAACAUUUUAUUUAACAAAAAAUAUCUUAUUGGUUUAUUAUACGUAUAGCAACAGUCGGCAUUUUAUUAAAAUCAACAGACUUACUGUUGUUCAGCUACAUAACGAAAAUCCACUUUAAAAAAUCUAAAGUACAUUUUACUUGAAGUAGAAUUAUGUCAAAUUACGUCAUUCACCUGGCAAUACUCAACCAGUUAACUUUCAUCCCAUAAUCAAAGAAAAUCAAUAAAGGAAAAUUUUGCCGACACCUCCCUUUGAAGCCACGUGCUGGUGUCAUCAAAAUGUGUCAAAGAUAUCAGUUCUUAAUAGGAGAAAAAUUGAAUGUUUUGUUUUGUUUUUGUUUUUUUUUUCUCUAAAAAAUACUGUAAAAAUAGGAUUUAUCAUUCCAGGGAUCAUCCUACAAGGCGAUUUGAGUGAUAUAAUUGCUUUAAAGUCGGCCACUUCGCCUAAUUAUCGUCUCCGGGCGAAAUCCGAAUCGCCGAGUUUUUCAGCAAGUUAUUAUCUGUUUACUUAAAGUUGUAAAACUUUAUGCAUAUUCUAGAUUAAAUUAUCGAGAAAUCCAUAGUCAGCCCCGCCUACUCGCCUGUCAAACUUCAGCCAAUCAUAGCAUUAAUAUCCCACAGUGUCAAUCAAUAAUAUUGUAAGCCGCCGCCAUUUUGAAAAGUUUCAAUCGGCAUGUAAAAAGCCGAUAAACAUAACGAGAGCAUGAUCUUAUGCAACAUUUGUAUAUUAUUCUUUCAUUUUAUUAAAGAUUACUUCAAAAUUUAUUUCAAUUACCAUGAUUACGGUCAAUUUCUGUAAAUGAAUUGCUCGGGUACUGUGGAUAAAAAAUAAUUUCGCGGACGUCAGAACUGCCGUACAAAAUAUUGUAAAAAGAUCGCCAUUACCUGCGAGUUGUGUAUUAUUUUCGAAAAAAUAAAUAAAUAAAUAAAUUAAAUGUAUAAAUCUGAACAAGUUGAUGCAAAAAUCAGGCAUUAUAAAAGCACGAGAAUCGAAAUAUGCAUGAAAAAUUUCACGGCGUUUUGAUCAGGCACCUGUUAAAUUACGAGUUUCGGACAUGUAAAUUUCGGAUAAAAAUUUAAAGGCGACUUUUUCAUAGCUAAGUUUAUACUUUAUUUAGAAAUUCAUGAAAAUGAUAAUGCAAGAAUCAAUUUCCUUAAAUAAUUACUGUUUAUAAGUUACAGCUAGACCCAUACUAUAAAGUGGAUAUAUAUAGGCAGGAAACUGAAUGCUAUGCGGAUUCUUCUCCUUAAAUUCCUCAACUUCUUCCUAAAUUCUGUGCUAAAAUUUUGACCUAGGAUGAUCCCUGCAUUCACGAAAUUUCCAAACAUAGGCUAUUAGCAGACUUUUAGAAUCCAUUACCAUGGGGAAGAAGAAUAAAAAGGAGAAAAAAGGUCAAGGGAAAGAGAAAACACAACAGAAGGCUGAGAAAAAUGCUAAAAAACGAGCAAAGAAAGAACUUGCAGAGAUAGGGGAGGAUGAUAUAGAGAAGAUGAUAGCAGAGUUUCAAGAGCAAGACAGAAAGAAAACACAAGUGAUAGAAGAGAAAUGUUCACCCCCUUCACCAAGAUGUAAUAUGUCACUCACUCCGCACCCAGACAGAGAUGAACUUAUCAUGUUUGGAGGAGAAUUUUUCACUGGAAAUAAGAUGUUUAUGCACAAUGACCUACUUGUGUACAAUACAAGGAAGAAUGAGUGGUUGAAGAUAUCAGCUCCAAACAGUCCUCCCCCAAGGAGUUCACAUCAAGCAGUUGCUCUGCGACAAGGUGGUGGGCAGUUGUGGAUAUUUGGUGGAGAGUUUGCCAGCCCUACACAGUCACAAUUCUAUCAUUAUAAAGAUCUAUGGCUGUUUCACCUGAAAGAGAAGAAAUGGGAAAAAGUCAGUGCCCCUGGUGGGCCAUCAGCACGGAGUGGACAUAGAAUGGUACAAUGCAAAAAGCAGCUGAUUGUGUUUGGUGGAUUCCAUGAUAAUAUAAGAGAUUACAAAUAUUUCAAUGAUGUAUAUGCCUUCAACCUAGACACAUACACUUGGACAGCUCUCGUGACAAGUGGAAUUGCACCAGCUCCUAGAUCGGGUUGUGUUCUUGCUCCAGCUUUAGAUCAGGGUCGGAUAAUUGUAUUUGGAGGGUACAGUAAAGAAAGGGUGAAGAAGGAUGUGGAUGUUGGGAAGGUUCACACAGAUAUGUUUGCUCUUAUGCCGGAAGGAAAGAUUAAAGAUGGAUCACAGCCCACAAAGUGGAAGUGGGUCAAUGUGAAGCAAUCUGGGUCAAGGCCAUCACCUCGUUCUGGACUGUCACUGGCUUCAGUCAGCAAUAAUAAAGCUGUCUGCUUUGGUGGUGUGUUUGAUGAGGAGGAUGAUGAUGAUCAGUUAAGAGGGAAAUUUUAUAACACGUUAUAUUUUCUGGAACUCGACAAAGGCAAAUGGUUUGAAGGAGAAGUCAGGGGCAGGAAAACAACAGAAAAGAAGAAGAGAAGAAGAAAAAAGGAUGAAAAUUCUACAGAUGUUGGUGAUGAUGCAGAUAAUGAUGAUGAUGAAGAUUAUGAGGAGGAGGAGGAGGAUGGUGAGAAUAUGGAUGAAAAUGGUGAAGAAAUGGACAUUGCAGACACAGAUUUGAAAAAGAUGACUAUUGAUGGAGAAACAAAGGCUGAUGCUAAAAAUAACAUGGACAUAGAUGCUGCAACAGGAAUCACCCAGAGUGCUUCCUCUGUUUCCAUGGAAACUGAACCUGAAAGUACAUCUGUUACUAUGGAAACAGAAGAAUCAAUUUUCAAGUUGACAGUUGGUCCACAAAGUAGUGCAUCUGAAAAUACUGAAAUGGUUGAUACAAAUGAGCCUGUUAAUGUGUUUACACCAUCACCACGUAUGAAUACGCUUUUAGCAGUGAAAAAUGGAGUGUUGUUUUUGUAUGGUGGUAUUUAUGAAGUAGGAGAUAAACAGUAUACGUUAUCAGACAUGUAUUCACUAGAUAUCAACAAAAUGGAGGAGUGGAACAUUAUUAUUGAAAGUAACUUAAAAAAUCAGGUGUUGGAGGAGUCGGAUUCAUCGUCAGAUGAGGAGGACAUGGAGGGCGGGGCUAAAGGAGGAAAACGCAAACCUAGUGAUUCUGAUGAAUCGGAUGACGACGAUGAUGAAAUUGAUAUAGAUUUUAGUGAUGCUCCAGAGAGACCUGCAUCUGAAGCAAUUAAAGAAUACUUUGAACGAACAAAGGACUAUUGGCUCUCCAAAGCUAAAGAGUACUGUGAUUCAGAAGACAUGACAUUGUCAGAGAAAAAAAUGGAAAAACUGGCCAAAGAGAUGUGCCAGGAAUCUUUUAGCUGAUGAAAUUGGCUGCAUAUGAUUGCAUGAAAUAAAUUUUAUAAUCCUA